AUGCUUCCAGUGAGCAAGUGUGUACUAGGAGUGGGAAUCAGCAGAGCCCUGGGUACCUGUAACUUUAACCCAACCCCAUAUAAUGCGGAGUAUAUGGGACACAAGUUACACAUGGACCAAAAUGAAAAACUGGUCAUGUUUGGAGUGACUCAUGUGGUUGCUCUAGAUGGACAAAGCAAGAAAAUUGUUGCAAAUGCAACUAUGCCUGCAAAAAACAAUUUAGCCAUGUAUGAAGAGGUGUACAGACCUGCAGUAACAUGUUAUGGAAUGUGGGAUCAACUUCGUGUGGAUCAUGGCAAAGAGUUUUACCUCUGCCUGUACAUGCAAGAGAGGUCAGAAUAUAGACACAACCAGCAAAGAGAGCCAUACCGCCAAACUCAGUCAACAAGGGAAAUAUUAGCCAUCUGCAAGCCAUCAGCCUACAUUACAUCAGUGGUGAAAAAAUCACACAGUGGAAAGGAUGUGGCCAGAAAUCAACAACCAGGUAAAUUACCCACUAAAGGAGGCCCUGGUACAGCUACAAGAUCAAGAAGCAAUAGAUACAGAGGACAGCCUGACAAGGUUCUGCACAUCCAGUCUGACCUGCCAGAUGUGCCAUAUUGGUAUAAACAGAUUUGUGCAUUCAUGGAAUGCUCACAGGAUCUCAGCACUUUGCACAGUAUUAUCCUGACGUUCCAGUUGUUUUUGACAAUACUGUUGUAACAAACUUCACACCAGGAGGGGAAGGAGGACACAGGGAACUGGUUUCUUUGACUCACAGACGGACGCUCGACCACGCCCCCACUGCCACAGCUGUCAAUUACAACUAUGCUCCAUUCAAAGGGGCCUUGAUCUACCUCACUGAUGUAACAAGGAGAUGUUUCUAAUUUCAUGUAAUUUGAAUCAUGAGGAGCCUUGUCAUGGAUUGAAUGAUAGCCUCAGCUGUGUGGGCAUGCAACUUGUUAGCUCUUAAGUUUUGUUUAAGAAGACAUACUGUAACAAUGGACUCCAACAUUAUGCACUCACUAAUAUAAGAGUACAUAAGUAAAUAUGUCUAUCUUGUUACCAUACAAAACAAUGCCAUUCCAUUUUGUUUACUGUCAUUGUAUCCAUAUUACACGGUAUU